AAAAUUUUAAAAAUAGUGGAAUUUUAAAUCUCAUAGUGCUGCCAAUCAUAAUAAAGUUAUCGGAGGGCCCGAUAUGCGCGAAUCGGGAAAAACCUAGAGAUGAUAUGUCAAUCGAUGUUGCUAUCGAUAGAAUACCAGAAUGACACCGCUAAAGCGAAGUCACAAACCAAGAAACACAAUUGAAUAAAAUAAGAACAUACAAAAUUAAACACUCGCAUCUAGUUUGUAAUGCUAAAUUCUAAAUAACAAAGUCCUAAAUUUUCAAAAUAAAAUCGUAAAAAAUACCAUAACUCACAAAACAACUAUAUAUCGAUAUUAAAGAAAAGUACCCAUCACGAAAUAAAUCUAUCAUUUUUGGAACUAUCGAUACAUUGAUAUUUUGAUUAUCAACAACCCUAUUUUUAUAUUUAUUUGUGGAGCCAUAAGUUUUCUAUGAUAUAUAUAUAUAGCAAGUGAAAAGCAGCGCCAGCUGCUGCCACAAAGCCCCAAACAAACAACCGCAACUGCAGUGCCGCCCCCCAACAGCCGCGACUCGCGCUCCGCUGUCCCGGAAAGCGGAAAAACGCACAGCGAAAAACACAGGCGAAAAAAAAUAAAGAAGAAAAAGAACAAAAAAAAAAAAAGGGAGCCGAUCAAUCAACACAGAAGUUAGCGAACGAAACAAAAACAACACCAAAAACGGUCCCAACUGCAGCAACAACAACAACAACCGCACUCGCCAUGGCCAGCAGAACUGAGAAUUUACACUUGACAUAAACUGUGAUUAUGAGUUCCACAAAAUCUCAAGUAGCCCUAGCUACGAAUAUUCCAACCAAUUUAUCCUCUGCCGCCUCUGCCUCAACUGCUGCCGCUGCGGCCGCCGUUGUUGUUGCCGCCGUUGCCUCCAACACUAACACCACAUCAGGAUCAGGAUCAGGAUCAGGAUCAGGAUCACCUCCACCACCACCACCACCAACAGCAGCAGCAGCAACGUCCUCCUCCUCUGUGGCAGGCAACAACUCCAGUGAAGAGUGCCAGACGGUGGCCGGCGGAUCAGCCAACUUGGGACGUCAGAAUAGUUUUGGCAACAGACGAGGCAACAUGAAGGGCAAACAUCUCACACGCAGCCAUGCCAUGCGUGAGUCCACAUCGCCGCCUCGCACGCCAACACCGCGAGGUGCCGGCGAGCAGCAACUAGACUCCCAUGAGCACAACAACAACAAUGCCAUAACCAAUAACAACAACAACAACAACAGCAACAAUAAUAAUAAUAAUAACAAUAACAAUGGUAAUAGCAACAACAGCAAAGCACAAUCAACUGGAAGGGGCAACUCGCCAUUGAUGGAAGCACCUGCCGUGAUUGUCACUAGUCAGCAACAACAACAACAACAGCAACAACAACAAAUGCAACAAACUCCUCAGAAGCCGCCACAAAAUGUUCCACUCAGCAAUGAGGCGGAAUUUCCAAAAUUAUCGCCACCCAAGAAGUCCGGCGGGCAACAUAAUCGCACCAACAGCAAUGGCAGUGGCAUGGAGUACAAUAACAACAGCAAUGCCAACAAGAAGUUUGUGGUUGACCUGAAGUCCAAUGGCCUGGACAACAACACCAAGCAUCACAACAACAACAACAACAGCGGCGGUGGCAACAACAACUCUUCCACGGGCGUGAUAUACAACUCCGGAAUGAAUUAUAAAGCCGCCGAUCGGCAUGAGAGGCACGAUCGCCACGAGAUGUCCAGCCAGAAUAGCAAUCUGAGCAACAACCAUGAUGAUGAGCCGUAUCACUACGAGCCACAAAGGGCCGGGGGAGGGGGAGGCGGUGGUGGUGGUGGCAAGAAACAUCGCACCAACACCAAUUCGAAGGGCAACAAGCCGCGCUUGAAGAACAUCGGUGGCAGCUCCUCCGGCAGCAUCGAUGGUGGUGGCAACAACAAUGGAGGUGGUGGUGGUGGUGGCAACAACAACAUGUCGUCCAACAAUGCCAACUCGAAUAACUCGAGCAACAACACCUCGGGCUUCAUAUCGAGGGUCUUUCAUCAAUCAGAGAACUCGAGCGAACAGUACACGGACUACGGUGGCACCGAUCUCCUAAUGUUCUUCCGCGAUACCCUCAACAAGAAUCCCAAGGAUCGCAAUAUUCUGCUGAAGAUCGAGAAGGAUUUAAUGGAGUUUGUUCAGGAGAAUAGCCGGGGCUGUGAGUAUCGUUUUCCUCCAGCUUCCUCGUACAACCGCAUGCUGAUCCAUCGCACCGCCGCCUUUUUCGGCAUGGAGCACAAUGUGGACACUGAGACGCAGCAGUGUGUGAUUGUGGCCGUCACCAAGGGCACACGCAUCCCAGAGAUCCGCUUCCAGUCGCUGGUUCGCGACGAUGCUCGAAAGUCAAUUCUUAAGAGAGACACUCACAGCUUUGAUGAAGUGCGUCCGUUGGCAUACUUGUGCCCCCUAUCCCUCGAUCGCAAGGCCAAGAGCUUCGAGGAGCGGGAGGAGGACUAUGAUCGAGCGCGUAGCCGCAUCUUCAGUCGCACUGGCACUCAGGACGGCUACUCCGGCGGCGGUGGUGGCGACGAGGACUGCUAUGGCGGCUGGGAUCAGCAGCAGCAGCAACAACAGAAGCAAUCCCAGCCCCCGAGGCCCAAACGACCCAAUGGCAAGAUGCUACAAAUGCAGAAUUCCACGGAAUCCCGGGAUGGUAUGCGAUCUGGGGGAGCUGUGCCCAAGUCCCAUAACUUUGGCAACUAUGGUGGACCGCCUGGCUCUGGCAAUAAUUCCCUGCCCCGCGGCGACUCCACCAACUCAAAUAAGAGUGGACGCGGUGGCUUCACCAAGCAGGACUCCACUGGCAGUACCAAUACUCCAUGGCGUCUCUCUCCUUCCAGCAGUGGCUACAAGACACGGACACAGUCCGUGCGCUCCGAUUCCGUGACUCCCUCACCCACCGGCUACGGCAGCGACAGGCAGACGCCGGAGCUGAAUCAUCCGAAUUCGAGUCGGCUGGGUGGUCCCGGUCCAGGUGCAGGAUCAUCCUGUACAGCAGCAACAUCACCAAUGGGUGGCAGUGGCGGUGGAGCAGCUAGUGGUUCCGGGCAGCCGGCUGCUGGAUCGCCAUCGGGAACAUCGGGACUCGUCUGGGCCGUCACCGACAUUUCGAAUGUGCCAAUUGGCAGCCUCCUCAUUGAUCCGCAAACCCUCCAACCAAUUGUCAAUGCAGACGGUUCUAUUUAUCACUACGACCCGUCCAACCUGCCGCCCAAUCAGGCGCUCCAGCAUACGGGCAAUCAAUACCAGUCCCAGAACCAGGGCAACUCAUCCGGUGGCUAUAGCAACUAUCGCAAGUCCUCGCCCCAUCAGCAGCAGCAACACCAGCAGCACUUGCAGCAGCCACCACAGCAGCAGCAACAGCAGCAGCCACAUCACCAACAGCAGCAACAACAGCUGCCCCAGCAGCAAUAUGCCAGCACUGAAAUGUCCUGCAGCUCCACGGAGAGCUAUGCCGAGGAGACCCAAUCACCCGGCAUGGAGUGCUCCGAGGGUUAUGAGAGCUAUGAGCCGCAAUCGAUGCCGCAGCAGCAACAGCAGCAGCAGGAGGAUCCGGGGAUGAAGGGUGACGAUUGUGAUAGCCUGGCCAGUGCCACAGCCUGCCUGAGCAUUACCACCGCCACGUCCACGAAGAACUACGAUCGCAUCGAGGUGCAAAAGUACAAGAAUCAGGCCACCAGUCCCAACAUACCCGCCUGUUGUGCGACGACGGGCGAGAAGCUGGAGGCGGAGUCGCCCAUUGGUGUUCAGGAGCAGGAACAGGAGCCGAUUGCCGGACCUUCGUCCUCGAUUUCGGCGGCAUCCUCAACCGGAAGUGCCGAACUGCCAACCAGUCAGACCCCACUGACCCCAGUGGCCACGCAGGUGAACUGUGACCUCCAGUCCGUAUCGCCGAGCUCCACGCCGUACAGCCAGUGCGAGGCGAAGACCCCCAACCAGAGUCAUGGCCCCAGUGCGGUCGUCGAGGAGCCGAAGACCACCACCUGGACGUACACCCAGAGCUACCAGGCGCCGGAUGGCUCCACGGUCUUUCACACCACCACGGCGCCCAACGGGGCAGCGCCCUACUGCGCCACAACAUAUCAGCAAGGGCCCGAUGGCAGCAUCUAUGCGGUGCCCCAGGGCAUGGUCUAUGCCGCCUAUCCCCAACCUGGCGUUGGUGGGGCCGGGGCCGCCUCGCAGCCGCUCUUCCAGCUGACAGCAAGCAGUCAUCCGCCCGCCCAGACACUGUUCGCCUCGCCCGAAGCGGGUGGUGAACUGCCCGGCGGCACCUACAUGAUACCUGUCUUCGAUCCGGCCCAGCAGCCGCGUGAGGGCUUGAUCCAAGCGCAAGCCAUUUACCAAGCCGGACCGGGUGGACCGGCGGCCACCACGGUGAUGCCAAUGGCGGCCACAGCCGCCUAUCCGACAGCCCAGUUCGCCACGGCAACAGCCCCGAAUGGAGCGCCCAUUUACCAGGCGCCGCUCAUCUACUCCAGUGAGCCGAACGGCGGGGCACAGCUGCAACAGCUGCCCAUGGCCACUUACCCGAUUCAAUACUCCUAUCCGUACUACCCCAUCCCGUACUAUGUGCCCCAGCAGGCUGUGGCCACGGCGCCCAUGGUGGCAGCCUCUCAGCCGCCCGUGGGACAGGCGCCACUGCCCCCACAAGCUCAGCCCACACAGCCGGGAGGCGGAGCAACCGCAGGACCACCCACAGUGGUAUCCGUUUCCGGUCCACCGCAUCACCAGCCGCAUCAGCCACACCACCAACCCCCACAGCAGUCCUCAAGCAACGGGGGAUCGGUGGUGGCCUCCAGCAGCUAUGGCGGGCGAGUAAAGCGUACGCCGGGCGGUGGUUCCAUCCACUAUAAUGCCAGCUAUCCGCCAAGCUCGGUGGCUCAUGCCAGUGGUGGGCAUCAUCCGGCGGCGGGAUCCGCCCAGCUGAUCGCCGCCCCCGCUGCCAGCACAACCACAUAUCAUGCGCUGCCCACACUGACGCUCGCCCAUGGUGGUGCACCGGCUGGCUCGGAUCUUGGUGGUGCGGCAGCGGCGCAUGUGUAUGCACUGCCCGCUCAGCAUGCCACUGCGUUGAUCCCAACGAACAUCUUCCCUUAUGCGGCUGCAGCAGCGGCGGCAGCAGCAGGUCCAGCGGGUCCACAGCCAGCUCCCCAGGUGGUACAGCAGGCGCCACCACCACCGCCAGCGGCUCCACAUCAUCUGAUCACGGCGGCGCCGUUUUAUCCGGCCAGUGCUGGAGGCAUGGAAUCCCAGUCGGCACCCAGUACGCCAGCAGCUCCCGGCCGUCAGGCUCCAUUGUUCAGCACACCACCGGCUCCGAAUAACGGGAGCAGCGGCAGCAGCAGUGCCGGCGGAAACGGGAAUGGCGGUGGCUAUCACAGCAAUAGCUCCACUCCGCACUACUACCAGGGCCAGGGCAGCAACGAGGGCGGCUAUUCCACGCCCUACGAGAAGCGGAACAAUGGCGGUACGCAGUCCAUGGGUGUGCGGAAGCCCUACCACCCGGGCGGCUACAAUCCCAGGCACUCGGUGCCAAUGGGUGGCAUGCCUUCCGGUGCUAAGACACCGCUGCUGAACUCCAACAACGAGCCCACACCUCGUGCCUCGCCCAGUGGUGUCAGCAUGGGCGGAGGACCGCCUUCGUCCGGUGGCGGUGCUGCUGGAGGCAGCAACAGCUACCACCACCGGGGACCACCUCCACACGCGAUGGGCGGAGCCAAGCAGCGGGAGAACAAGCCGAACCAGCUGCCACUGAUCAGCGGACCACCGCCCAGCUAUGCGACUGGCAAUCCCGGUGCCGGGGGCGCUGUAAGCACCACUCCCAGCUACGAGGCCAAGCCACCAGUGCGCCUGAAUGCCGCAGCGGCCAGCUUCCGGAGUCAGAAGUCCAUGAACCAGGACUUCAGACGCAGCGUCUCCCAACGCAACUCGCCGAGUGCUAAUGGCGGCAAUGGAAAUGGCAGCCACGAGAGCAGCAACAACUCGCCCAACAGUAUUGCUGGCAGCAACAACAACAGCGCCGCCAACACUCCCAAUGCUGCACCGCCUCCGCCACCACCCGCCGCCACUCUGGUUAGCCAUCCCGGUGGCUAUGUGGUCCUUGAUCAGUCCAUGAAUGCCUCGCCGCCGUCAAUUUACCUGGGUAGCAGUGGUGGUCCUGGAGUGGCUGGUGUCCCUGGAGUGUCGGGUGGAGCAGGUGGCGCUGCGGGACAGGCUGCUGCUGGCUCGAAUGGAGGAGGCGGUGGCCAGCAUACAGGAGGCGCCCGCACGCACAUUCCCACAGCCCAGCUGCACCAUAGUGCUGCCUCUGCGGCGGCGGCAGCAGCAGCCGCUGGCAGCCAGCAGGCCACCACAGCGGCGGUUCUGAGCGGCGUGGCCGCAGCCGCCCUAGGUGGCUACAAUCCGAACGGCGCGUCCAGCGUGUACUUCAAGUAUGGCCAGACGUACUUUGCGCACCCCUCGGUGGCCUUGCCCAACAGUCGACGAUCGCCCUCAAAUGAUAUCCGGCCGCAAAUGGCGCAGGUGGCCGGCAUGUAUCCCACAAUGAUGAUACAAGCUCGUCAUCCCAGCCGCCAUCCGAACCCGAACUAUAAAGGUUCGCGUCCGCGGUAAAGCCAGCCGGAGUAUUCCGGAUAUAUAGAAACCAAGCAAACAAAAAAAAAAAAAAACUACAUACACAUAACGGCAUACCUAAGAUAAAUAUAAAUAGCAACCUAAUCUAGUGGACAUAAAGUAGUUGACAAAAACAAAAAUAUGAAUAAUAAACCAGAAAUAAUGAGUGGACGCAAUGGAGGAGAAGGAAGGAGGAGCAUAAGC